AUGUCUCUCUCGCGAUCGCUCUUCAACGAAUUCCGCCCUCUCUUCCGCAUGCUCGACGACCCGUGGGCAAUAUAUCCGACCUCUAACUACGGUCGCAGCAGCCGCUCCGCGGAUCCCUUCACCUUUGGCUGGCCCUCAUCUUCACUGAUCCAGAACCGACCAGCCCUCAACCUACAUGAAGAGAAUGACGGAACUGUCGUCGAAGCGGAAGUUCCAGGCGUCAAGAAGGAACAUCUUGACGUCAGAAUUGGUGACGGUGGUCGAAGUUUGACCAUUGAGGGUCGUGUCUUCCGUCGCGGUACCAAUGGUAACGCUGUAGAGUCGGCGGAACAGGGUUCCCAAGCACAUAAGGCUCCCGAAGCGACCUCGUCGGCCACUGGCGAAGCGUCCACUUCUGUUGUAAAGACUGAUGAUGACACUAAACAAGUCGGAUCGCCCACGGCGCAAUGGUCCGGAGCCCAGUCAUUUACUCGCACAGUCUGGCUCCCGAAUCCAAUCAACGCGAGCAGCGUCAAGGCCAAGCUCGAGGACGGAAUCUUGAUCGUCCGCGCUGCUCCAGCUAAUCAGGAGACCGUCAACGUUACCGUCGACUGA